AUGGCGAUCCUGUAUCACCAGUAUAGGUUUGAGCGAGUUCGACGAUAUGAGCGUCCUCCGGCAUAUGGUCCAACGGGAAGAGGCGGGACGGUGGAGGCUCGAUGGCGACCGCCACCACGCCACCCCGGCUCCGCGGGCGGCGUCGGCGCCACUGCGGGCGCCGCAAGCGCUGCGGGCGGCGCCGUCGGUGCCACCGCGUGCUCUGUGGGCGCCGCUGCCGGCACCAACGCGGGUGCUACGGGCGGCGCCGCCGGUGCCACCGCGAGCGCCGUGAGCGGCGCUGCCGGCGCCGCGGGCGCUGCGGGCAACGCCGCAGGAGCACUUUUUCGUUCUUCAGUCUCGGGAACGUUUCCUGAAGACAUGGAUGUUGAUACCUCAUCUCAGCCAGGCAGAGCGAGACCACAUUGGCAGGGGUCAGCUGCAUUAUCAGCAGGGGUGACUGUGCUUCAGAUAUGGGCUUGGGAACAUCUACCUAUUACACGACCAUUGGCUGACAGAGAUAGGCCUGUAGGGAGGCCUUAUGCGGAGGGAGAUGAUAGCGGAGAUGGAGAUGGAUAUGGGGGAGAUGCAAGAGAUCAGGGUGCUGGCGAUGAUGAUGGUGGAGAUGAUGAUGGGGGGGAUGGGAGAGAUGAUGACGAGGGAGAUGGUCGAGCAGUGCGAGUGGCAGCGACAGGCACACCAGGAGCUGGCAGUUCUAGAUCUGCUAGGGAUGUAUAUACAGAUUGGAUGGCCCGGGUGGUCAGACGUAGGAGAUCAGGUCCAGGGGAUCAGGAGCAUCAGGUUCCAGAGCAAGAGGGACCCUUAGUUGAGCAGGUACCUAUGACAGUAUCACGGGCUGAGAAGCCACAGGCAGAGGGACCUUGA